CCCCGGCGAGAAGCCGCGGCUCUAGGGUUUGCAGCCGGACGAGGCGGAAGUCGCUCUGUUCCUUUACAGUCCCUCAGUCUGGUGGAAAUUAAAGAGCUGUAAGAGAGGUUCCGGAGCUGGCCUGGUGUGUAGGUGGCCAGAUGGAGACCGAGACCGUACACCCGCCACUGACCCGCCGCCCGCCGCUGGCCUCUUCCUGGGAUGCCGCGUGCGGAGCCCUGGCCCAGAGUCUCCAUCUCAGCCGGUCUGGUCUCGGCGCCCGGGACGCCGACUGGGAGGAGCUGCUGGCGCCGCCUGCAACCGGCGAGGAUCUGGUGAUUUUGAAAAGGAACGUGAACAGCCAAGAUGAAAACCCCUGCUUCCUUUACCUGAGAUGUGACCCUCCUGGAGGUGAAGAAAUCGUUUCUAUUGGCCUUUUAAGUUCAGCAAGAAAUAUGGAAGUAUACUCAGGAGAGGAGUACUGUGGAACCAGUAGGGGCAAGAAUGUUUGUAAUGUUCUGGAUAACAGUGAACAUGAAAAGAUUAUUUUGUACAAAAAAUAUCUAAAAUUGGAGUCUUCCACACAUGCUUGUAAAAUAAAGCUGCUCUCCUUUGGUGAAAAGCAGUGUGUGUUCAUCAGUAAAGUUGUGGUACACGUGAGGCCACUUUCAGCAAAUUCUUCAGCAGGCUCUCCUGCUCUAGGAUCAAGGAUAGACCUGGAGAGGGUCCAAACCAUCAUGGAGUCCAUGGGGUCAAAGUUGUCAUCUGGAGCUCAGCAAUUGAUGAAUAUGGUUAUUUUCCAGCAACAGAAUUGUAUUCCCACUGGAGAGCAGCUUCAGGCAGUUUUGGAGAGCACUGGAUACAAGCACAUGAUCGGACUGCAAUCAUCUUCUACUUCAGGAGCCUUCAACAAGUCAUCCUCCACACCUUUCCCUUCCAGAACUGGAUUGACAUCUGGAAACAUGACUGAAGACUUAAAAGCUUACAUUGAUCAAAGUACACAGCCAGCUGGUGGAGGAAAUAUGACAAGCCUCCAAGAGUGUAAACUUGUGCCACAAAACCAUUCUCUUCCUGAGAAUGAUCUUAAGAAUGCAAUAUCUUCUUUGUUACCAAAGAAAGCAAGUGACAACUCACAUAUACCUAACUCUGAGUUGCUGCCUGUUCUGCAGAAUCUGUGUAGUCAAGUGAACCAUCUCCGUGUGGGACCCAACAGCAAGUGGCAGGAAAGCAUCACCAAGCCCGGCGAAGGCGCUGUUGGCGUUACAAUGGAAGAGCAAUCCAUUUGUUCCUACUUGGAAAAGAUUCUUUCUAAAAAUAUGGAACUGAUGGAAAAGAAACUUAUGGACUACAUUGAUCAGCGAAUAUAUAAACUCCAGGAGCACAUAGAUAAUAAGAUUGCUUUGUUAGUGGACUUGCCACAAAGUCCCAACUCCCCACCCUCUGGCAUGCCUCUAAGACAUUAUGACUCUGGAGAAAGACUUUCAAAUGGAGAAAGAUAGCACUGAACAUGUUCAAAGUACUACAGAUAUUUAUUACAUAUUUAUUACAAAUCCAAACCCCCAAAAGUCAAAGCAACUAUUUAAUGUCAUUUGAGGAUCACCGUUUACUUACAUAAAGCAACCUCAGUGUUCAUUUUAACUGACUGUUACUGUAAAUCUCAUCCUGUACACUAAGAGUUAACAUGAUAGGGUCAAAAAUUUUUUUGUUUUGCAUAUUUUUCACUUUUAUAAGAAAUUCACAUAUACCUCUGGGUUGCUUAAAGUGUUCAAAUUUUUUAAGGAUUUCUAAUGCUUUUCAUUAGUUGGUAGUUUAUAUGUGUUUGAUUGGAAUACUCUUAAUAUUUAGAAAGACCUUAUGUUUUAUGGGUGUACAAAAUGCUUAGAAUACUUGAUAUUUUUUCUUUUUCUAAUUGAUCUUAGAAAACUGGGUACUUAAGACUUGCAACCUUUAAUUUCAGAUCACCAUAUUACCUUUUUUAUUGUUUAUUUCAGAUAAAAAAUUAGAUGUGAUAUUUGGCAUGUGUAAAAUUGGUUUACAUUGGGGCCAUUAAUUUUGCGUUCUGUCACACUGUAGUUAUGGAUAGAAAAGUAAAAAUUAGAACUGACCUAUUCUUUGUUAGGAUUAUUACUUUAGAUUUUAUGUUUGAUGUAAAAUGAGAGAAGUCAUCUUGUCUGAUCUCCAUCAACUCAGAAAGUAGAAGGAAUUCUCUCCUUUUCUGAGCUGAUACAGGUUCUUCUUUCCAGAGCCCUUUUCUGAUUAAAGUGUGAAAUGCUGAGGUUCUGCAUUGAAGGAUUAAGGCAUAUGAAUCCAGGAGAUUGGAGUUCUCUCUGGCAGACAUGAUUUUCAGAAAUUAUACCUAUUGUAUAUGUGUUGUAAGGUGAUAUAUUUGCAUCUAAAAAAUAAAUGCAUCCACUCUGCAAAGUACUUGUCUUAAAC